AUGGCAGACAGGAAUCACUGGUGGAAAACAUUGACUGGAAGGAACAAGAAUAUUCACAAAGAAACCCAGCAAGAACUUGCAACUUCUGACAAUAAAUCUGUGAAACAACCCAGCACUGACAUCAAAAACAACAACAUGAUUGGAGACGAGACGUACGAUGACUCUCAGAUGGAGCCCUCAUUCAAUGAACACACUUCCCGGAGAAACCUGACAGUUUCACGAUCCGGCCGUUGCAAAGAGAAGCGGAAUAACACAAGAGUGCGGGUCACGCUGCCCGAGAACAACUUAUAUGAGAGAACCGUUGCUGUAGCGAAGUAG